CCCUCCCUCCCUCCCUCCUUCCCUUCCUUGCCGUCUCCUCCCCCAGGGCAGGGCCGCUCCCUUCUCCGCACGGGCCUCCGGCUCCUUCCUUCCUUCGGUCCGGCGGGGCCUCUGAUGUUCCUGGGCGGCUGAGGCGGCGGCGUCGGGAUGGCGGCGGCCCCGGCGGCCUCGGCGGCGGGCGGAGGAGGAGGCGGCGGCGGCGGCGGCGGCGGCGGCGGCGGCGGCCGGGCCUACUCGUUCAAGGUGGUGCUGCUCGGGGAGGGCUGCGUGGGCAAGACCUCGCUCGUCCUGCGCUACUGCGAGAACAAGUUCAACGACAAGCACAUCACCACCCUGCAGGCAUCUUUCUUAACAAAGAAGUUGAAUAUUGGUGGAAAAAGAGUAAAUCUUGCAAUAUGGGAUACGGCGGGUCAAGAGAGAUUCCAUGCUCUGGGUCCUAUUUACUACCGAGAUUCCAAUGGAGCUAUUUUAGUUUAUGACAUAACAGAUGAAGACUCUUUUCAGAAGGUAAAAAACUGGGUCAAAGAGUUACGGAAAAUGUUGGGAAACGAAAUCUGUUUGUGUAUAGUUGGUAAUAAAAUAGACUUGGAAAAAGAGAGACAUGUUUCGGUUCAAGAAGCAGAAGCGUAUGCAGAAUCAGUGGGAGCAAAACAUUAUCAUACUUCUGCCAAACACAAUAAAGGAAUUGAAGAACUCUUUCUUGACCUGUGUAAAAGAAUGAUAGAAACGGCCCAAGUGGAUGAACGAGCGAAAGGCAACGGUUCCGGUCAGCCGGGCACGGCAAGGAGAGGGGUACAGAUUAUCGACGACGAACCACAAGUACAGAGCAGCAGAGGCUGCUGUUCGUCGGGGUAACCUCGGACGCUCGCAGACGGAGAAGAGCAGACAAAAAUGAGAGAACUGUGGAUGAUUGCCCCCAACGUGAAGACUGCCGUAUUCCACGUCACAUUCUUUUACCAAUGGAAUUCUAGAAUUAACAGUAUUUUAAACCGUAAUUACAUUUGUAACACUGCAGAGACCUUAAGUGCUAAACUAGUGGAGUCUGUGACCGGAGAAUUGGCGUUUUCUACACUGUUAACAGAGCGAUUACCGAUGGCCUUUUUACAUUUUUUUGUUUUCUUUAAUGAGGAAUAAUAUUGCAUGUAGAAAAGACCUCCUACUUAAAGGCUUCAUAUAUAUUCUUUUAAAUCAGAUCAUUAUUUAAUAACUUAUAUACAUUGUCGUCGGAAUGGUAUACAUUUUUGAAGCCCUUUGUAUUUUGUGGUAGAUUGAAUUGUAUCACUUCUAAACUGCAGAUGGAUUUUUUUUUUUAAUUAGCAGAUCCCCGAAGUACUAUUUUUGCAGGGUUUGCACAAGCCCGUACACGUCAACGACUUUGAUAGACCCUAUACUCAUCCUGUAUGCCGAGCUGGUAAAAUAUGUUGUAAAUGACACAUUAAAUAUUUUAUCUGCUUUUACGAGUGCAGGCGCAGAGCUGUGUGCAGCAGUCCUGUCUGUAAUCUGAACGUUGGUUGAAACUCUGCAAGCUUUUGAGCUAAAACCCCACGCGCGGGCUGUUCCUCCCCCCACCUUGAGUCUCAGUGGGGAAAUUGUGUGACUUUUUUUUCCCUUUCUCUUUUUAAAUUCCCAUUUGAACUGCCUCUGUUCCGUGUGUGUUCCCUUUCCCGUCCUUUCCGUCGAAGAGCGGCGUUGGUCUCUGUGGAGAGGACACUGAGUGUGUCUGCUAUUCCCUGCGGUUAAAACGGUUGCCCGGAAGUGUUUGAUCGGUGGGAUUUAUCGCGAGUUCAGGAUGCUCUGAGCACUUGGGAAAGAGCCUUAGCCGAGCCCUCGACUUUUCAAAUCUGAAACCUCUUUAGCUUCCUCCCAACCUUUUCCGUGAGGCUCCGUGUGUGUGUGUGUGCGCGCGAGUAGAGAAAGUUGUUCCAAAAUGCAUCAAAACCAAGACCGUCUCCUAAUCGGUGAAUACGGCCCGGGGUUAGCCUUCCUUGGAUGAGUGAGCUAGACCCCUCCCAUUGCAAGCACUGACCAAGGGAAAUCGUUUUAGCCUUAUGAGUCGCUAUUAGGGUAGGCAUUGCAGCCAGAGCGGCGUGAAUUAACACUGGAAAGAAUUUAUUAAAGCUCUAUUCUUGCACACUUACAUAGUGGGACUCGUUUAUCGACUAAGCCUUUUGGGGAAAGUGGAGACUGCUCAGACGUGUUCAUUUGAAAAGUCGCGAGCGACGGUGCUCACGGAAGGAAUACACGAUGUGGAAAUUAAAAAAAAACCCCAA